AUGCGCCAAAAGUAUGAGAAACGCAAUGAUUGGUGGCUACUCAUUAUCUGUGAUACUGUGGCACAUCUCAAGACCAGUCAACACAUGCCCACCAAUCCAUUGGAUGCCAUUCAUGACGUGAAUAUGUUUGAUAAUAAGGUGUUCAGGAGGUCAAAGUACUCGACAUUCAAUUGGAUUUUGUUUAAUGAGUUUCACUCAGACCUUCAGUUGUGUUCAGAAAUAUGGUAUCGAUCUGUAUGCGUGAGGGUUAGGGUGGGUAUGAGGGGUACGAUCUCGAUUCAUAUCCUCUAA